UGCUGUUCUCCCGGGGCGGUGCUGUUCUCCCGGGGCGGUGCUGUUCCUUCGGGCGGCGCUGCUCUCCGGGUGCGGCCGGCGCUGCUCGGCCAUGCGGGCGGGCUGAGCGGCGCCGCCGCCGCCUGUCCCGGGCGAGGAUGGCCUCCAAUUUCAACGACAUCGUCAAGCAGGGCUACGUGCGCAUCCGGAGCCGGCGGCUGGGGAUUUACCAGAGAUGCUGGUUAGUGUUCAAAAAAGCUUCGAGCAAAGGGCCCAAGAGGCUGGAGAAGUUCUCAGAUGAACGAGCUGCUUACUUCAGGUGCUACCACAAGGUCACGGAGCUCAAUAACGUGAAGAGUAUCUCCAGGCUGCCCAAAGGCACCAAGAAACAUGCAGUGGGCAUUUAUUUCAGUGAUGACACCUCCAGAACCUUUGCUUGUGACUCAGAGCUUGAGGCAGAUGAGUGGUGCAAGGUGCUGCAGAUGGAGUGCCUGGGGACACGAAUUAAUGACAUUAGCCUUGGAGAGCCUGACUUGCUGGCAUCUGGAGUAGAGAGGGAGCAGAGUGAGAGAUUCAAUGUGUAUUUGAUGCCAUCCCCUAAUUUAGAUGUGCAUGGGGAAUGUACCUUGCAGAUAACAUGUGAGAAUAUCUGUCUUUGGGACAUCCAGAAUCCCAGAGUCAAGCUGGUCUCGUGGCCACUCAGUGCCCUGCGGCGCUACGGGCGGGACCCAGCCUGGUUCACCUUCGAGGCAGGCAGGAUGUGUGACACGGGAGAAGGGCUCUUCAUCUUCCAGACCAGGGAUGGGGAGGCCAUCUACCAGAAGGUGCACUCGGCUGCCCUGGCCAUCGCGGAGCAGCACGAGCGGCUGCUGCAGAGCGUCAAGGAUUCCAUGCUGCAGCUGAGGAGGAGCGAGCGGGCGGUGUCGCUGGGCACCGUGGUGCCCCUGCCCCGCAGCGCCUACUGGCACCACAUCACCCGCCAGCACAGCACCGGGCAGCUGCUGGGCCUGCCAGGUGUUUCCAGCCCCCUGAAGCUGCAUCGCACGGACACUUUCCCAGCCUACAGCUCAGAGCACCGAUAGAAAUCCAGGCAGAGCCUCACAAACUCUUCGUCCUCUGCCCAGCUGCCCCAGGGCGUGACAGUGCUGGUGACAGCCCAGGGUGGGAGCACAGAGAAGUUCAGGUUGGACGAAAAAUUCCUGCAAUACAAAGGAUUUUUUAAACUUUGCCAAAAGCAGAAACACUUCUGUGGAUGUUGGGGAGAGGAACCAAGCCACCAAACCCUCUGGUGUGUCUUUUAUGUACACUGGACAGAGAAGAAAUCACUCCCUAAACCCUUCCCCUGGUUUUGUAUGAUAGGGCUGUUGUAAAUAUGUGAGACUCCUGCUGUAGUGUGGUUAUUUUGUUCCCUGACACCUGUUUGUGGCGAUGCUUGAGUUUUUCCCAUUAUUGUUACCCUGUUCCUGAUCUCUGGAAUGGUGGCCAGUUUGAAGCAGCUCUUGGAUACAAUUUUUCCUGUUUGAAGACUUGAUUGAUUUCUUUUCAAAGAAUCUCCUCUUUCCUGUAUUUAUUUCCAUCUCUGUAAACAUUGAAAAUAAAAAAAGUCCCAUGCAA